GGAAGGGUGGGACUUCCUGCUUCAAAUAAACACCUAGAGAUUCCCCCCUCCGCCCACCGAAGUGUGUCCCUCUGAGGUGGUCCGUCCCCGUUUCUCCCUGAGGAGUCGGAGGAACCAGUGGAUACGAGAGGGCCCAGUUAGGGCCUGGGGCAGUUGCACGGGACGGGCUGGAGCCUCAGGGCCACAGGACCUGGCUCUGGCCCUGUCUCUACUUCAGGGCCCCGGCCCGCGCUGUGGCCGCCGGAACCAAGUUGGAAGAAGAGUCUGAGGAGGGGGACGGCUUGGGCCGCUGAAAAAGCAGGAUCUUGUCAGCUGCGGUCCGAGGUUAUGCGUCUCAAUGAUCCCGCGGAAACGCUACGGAUCUAAGAACACGGAUCAGGGUGUCUACCUGGGUCUCUCAAAGACACAGGUCCUGUCCCCUGCAACUGCUGGCAGUAGCAGCAGCGACAUCGCCCCUCUGCCCCCCCCAGUGGCCCUGGUCCCUCCCCCUCCCGACACCAUGUCCUGCCGGGAUCGGACCCAGGAGUUCCUGUCAGCCUGCAAGUCCCUGCAGAGUCGUCAGAAUGGAAUCCAGACAAACAAGCCGGCUCUGCGUGCUGUCCGGCAGCGCAGUGAAUUUACCCUCAUGGCCAAGCGCAUUGGGAAGGACCUCAGCAACACAUUUGCCAAGCUGGAGAAGCUGACAAUCUUGGCAAAGCGCAAGUCCCUCUUUGAUGAUAAGGCAGUGGAAAUUGAGGAGCUAACUUAUAUCAUCAAACAGGACAUCAAUAGCCUCAACAAACAAAUCGCCCAGCUUCAGGACUUCGUGAGGGCCAAGGGCAGCCAGAGCGGCCGGCACCUGCAAACCCAUUCCAACACCAUCGUGGUCUCCCUGCAGUCGAAACUGGCCUCCAUGUCCAACGACUUCAAGUCAGUUUUAGAAGUGAGGACAGAGAACCUGAAGCAGCAGAGGAGCCGGCGGGAGCAGUUCUCCCGGGCGCCUGUAUCAGCCCUGACCCUUGCACCCAACCAUCUGGGGGGCGGUGCUGUAGUUUUGGGGGCGGAGUCCCGAGCCUCUGGAGAUGUGGCCAUUGACAUGAUGGACUCCAGGACCAGCCAGCAGCUGCAGCUCAUUGACGAGCAGGAUUCUUACAUCCAGAGCCGGGCAGACACCAUGCAGAACAUUGAGUCCACAAUCGUUGAGCUGGGCUCCAUCUUCCAGCAGUUGGCACACAUGGUGAAGGAACAGGAAGAAACCAUUCAGAGGAUCGACGAGAAUGUGCUGGGAGCCCAGCUGGACGUGGAGGCCGCCCACUCAGAGAUCCUCAAGUACUUCCAGUCGGUCACCUCCAACCGGUGGCUCAUGGUCAAAAUCUUCCUCAUCCUCAUUGUCUUCUUCAUCAUCUUUGUGGUCUUCCUUGCCUGAACCCUGUCCACUCUGAGGCACUCCGUGGGGGUUUGGAACCCUUCUGGGAGGGCAGGUGGCCAGAGCUGCCACUGAGCCUGUGCAGGGUGCUUGGGAGAAGGGCCCUGUUUCCUUGGAACUGCUAAGAAUGACCACUGCCCUCGGUCCCCCACUCCUUGCCUCUGGCCACCCAGCCCUCCCCUCACCACCCUCCAGCCCAUGAAACACUCACGGUUCUGGAUUUGGACUCUGCUGUGAAGUGGCUGGAAAGGAGCAGAGGCCAACUGAGGGGCUCGUCGGGGAGAUUGUCUCCACCAGGAGAUUUUUAUAAACCCUCCCCAGCCUGUCACAAAGGGAACUUUGGCAGCAAGGGGAGAUGAUGCCUUUCCCCACCUUCCUGAGAGCAAGGAGAGGAAGUGAAACUGCCCCAGGGACCAACUUUCCCAUUUGGGUUAGAAUUUGACCUCUUCUUCCUCUCUUUACCACAUGAGGCAGGGGGCCCUGAGCCCCUCGGCGGCCUGCACAACCCCAACUCUGGCUGCAGGUGACUCUCAAUCUGCCAAACGUGCUGCAGCCCGUUUUCUCCCAAUUACAGCAAGACUGUCAGCCUCA